AUGCAAUUGAUUCGAAGAUACGCUACCACUGCUUUUAAUAAUAGUCUUAACCAAGUAUAUAUUGUAUCUGCAGUGAGAACACCAAUUGGUUGUUUUAAUGGAGCAUUAAAGAAGUUAACUGCGGCAGAACUUGGUGCUAUAGCCGCGAAAGGUGCAAUUGAAAAAGCUGGUCUAAAGCCAGAACAAAUUGAGGAAGUUUAUUUUGGUAAUGUAUUACAAGCGAACCAAGGUCAAUCUCCCGCACGUUGUCCAACUACGACUGAAGCAACAACAAUCAAUAAAGUUUGUGCAUCUGGUAUGAAAGCUACCAUAUUGGCUGCUCAAAAUUUAGCAAUCGGAGAUAGAUCAAUUAUGAUUGCUGGUGGUAUGGAAAGCAUGUCUAAUGUUCCAUUUUAUGUACCAAGAAAUGUGACCUAUGGAAAUCAAGAAUUAUCUGAUGGUAUAAUUAAAGAUGGAUUAAUGGAUGGUAAUUGUGCAGAGAAUACAGCUAAAAAAUUUGGGAUUUCUCGUGAAGCUCAAGAUCAACACGCGAUUGAAUCAUAUAAACGCGCAGCUGAAGCUUGGAAGAAUGGUGUUUUCAAAGAAGAAAUAGUACCUGUAAUUAUAAAUGACCGUAAGAAGCAAGUAGUAAUUGAUGAAGAUGAAGAAUAUAAAAAUGUAAAAUUCGAAAAAAUUCCCGAAUUGAGACCAGUUUUUCAAAAAGAUGGAACUGUAACAGCGGCCAAUUCAUCGACACUUAAUGAUGGAGCAAGUGCCUUAUUACUUAUGACUAAAGAGAAAGCUGAAGAACUUGGUGUUAAACCAUUGGCUCGUGUUGUUUCAUAUGGUGAUGCGGCCACAGAUCCAAUUGAUUUUACCAUUGCCCCAUCGAAAGCUUUGCCAGUAGCAUUGAAAAAAGCUGGAUUACAAAUUUCGGAUAUUAGUUUAUUCGAAUUUAAUGAAGCAUUCAGUGUGGUAUCACGCGCUAAUGAACAAAUUUUGGGGAUGGAUCCUAAUAAAACCAAUAUUGCUGGAGGUGCUGUGGCAUUAGGUCAUCCAAUUGGUUCAUCGGGUUCUCGUAUUUUGGUAACAUUAACACAUCUUUUAAAACCUGGACAAUUGGGAGCUGCGGCAAUUUGUAAUGGUGGUGGAGGUGCUUCUUCAAUUAUUAUUGAGAGACUUUAA